UAAACACCAAAACAACGGGCAUCUGUCCCUGGGAUGGACUGCAGGGAUCGGGUCGAUUGCGAUCUGUGGGUUCGUUGUUAGCUGGCAGCAUUUCCUCCUGCUGUAACGGCUAAGAAACAUAAUUUCCUAAAUAUAUAACGAAGAAUUACUCUCAAGAGGGACGGUUCUUGGUAGAUUUAGCAGCAACUGCCGAUUGCGCAUCUGGAAUUUAGCCGCUAGCGCUAGCUAGCCGACAAGCUAGUUUAGCAGAUCCUGUCCUCUGCAUUUUUGUCGAAGCAUUAGCUAUAAGCUAGCUCUCAGUCUCAAGCAUUCACAAGUCAAAGAACAUGUAAAUUACCAUGGAGGCAAAGAGACGGGAACUGGCAGUGCCAGUGAUGGCCUCCCCCCUGCCUGUCUCCAUCAUCCUGGUGGUUCUGCUGUUGGCUGAGUCUCCAUGCCAGGCAGGGGACUGCAAAGGCCACAGGCAGGUGUUGAGGGGACCACCAGGCUACGUCACAGAUGGACCAGGAAACUACUCUGUCAAUGGGAACUGCGAGUGGCUUAUCAAAGCCCCCAGCAGCAGUCACAGCAUUGUCCUAAAUUUCACCUUCAUGGACACAGAGUGUACCUAUGACUACCUGUUUGUGUAUGAUGGAGACUCCUACCAGAGCCCUCUUCUAGCCAGCCUGAGUGGCAACACUCUGCCUGAACCCAUUGAAGCCAAGUCUGGCAAGAUGCUGCUUCAUCUUUUCAGUGACGCUAAUUACAACCUCCUGGGCUAUAAUGCAACGUACACCUUCUCUCUGUGCCCCGGAGCCUGUGGGGGCCGUGGUCGCUGUGACUCCACCACAUCAAAGUGCCAGUGCCAUCAGGGUUGGGGAGGAGCAGCUUGUACAACCUACCUGUGCUCCCAGGCUUGUUCUGUGAAUGGCCAGUGUGACAACAAAGGGGAGCGUUGCAUAUGUAACCCUAGCUUCCUGGGUCAGAGCUGCCUGCUUGGUUUUCAUAACGACAGUGGGGCGGGGCAGUGGUGGCGGGUGAGUGAAGGAAACCCCCACACGCCCCCCAGGACGGGUUCUGCUGGCGUGUAUCUGUCCUCCACUGGAGCCAUGUACUUGUUUGGCGGGUUUGACCUGAAUAGAGCUCUUGGUGACUUGAUCAAAUAUAACUUCUCCUCCAACCAAUGGGAAAGCCGGUCUUAUGGUCACUCUCCUGUGGCUCGUCAUUCCCACACAGCUGUUGAGUGGACGGGUAACAUGGUGAUCUUUGGAGGAGAGCUAGCUAACGGCUCCCUGGCCAGUGACGUCUGGAUGUACCGGCCUCUCCAAGAUGACUGGCAGCAGCACGGCUUCUCAAAUUCGCGUGGGUCUCCUAAACUGGCCAAUCACGCUGCAGCUGUCGUAGACAACUAUCUCUAUGUAUUUGGAGGUCGCACUGAGGAGGAUAUGUUUUCUUCCUCUCUGUAUCGGUUCGGCCUGCAUGGCUCUGGGCGGUGGGAGACUGUUCAGCCCACCGGGGGGAAGCCCCCUUCCACCGCGGGCCACUCCAUGGUGUUCCACAGCCCCUCCAGGACGCUGCUGGUCUACGGUGGCCACCGGCCCACCACUGCCAGGUUUAGUGUGAGGGUGAACAACACCGACGUGUUCCACGUUGACCGGCGGUUCUGGACAUCUUUCCGUUCCCGUUUCCCAGCAACCGGCCCCAGAGAGCGAGCUUUCCACACAGCCACCGUCAUCGGAAACUACAUGGUGGUCUACGGGGGGAAUGUGCAUAUUCAUUACCAAGAGGAGAAGUGCUAUGAUGAGGAUAUCUUCUUUUACCACCUGGGCUGUCACCAGUGGGUUUCUGCUGGGGAGAGAUGGUCCCUCAGAGGGGAUCCAGUGAGGGGGCGUUACUCGCACGUUGCUGCUGUGAUGGAGGGAAAAGUGCUGCUGGUUGCCGGGGGUUACAACGGUAUUGCCAAUGGAGACCUGGUGGCUUACAAAGUUCCGCUGUUCGUCAGUAGCGAUCAGGGUGACAGGGAUGCUGUGUGUGCUGAGGCACUCGAUGAAAGUAUGUGCCUGAAGAACCCCGAGUGCAGCUGGUGUGAAGGCCGCUGUCGAGAGUACCAGCCCACUAAUCCGUGUGGCAGCACUGGUUGCCUUGGCCUGGCUCGCUUCCUGUCUGACUGCCAGUCCUGUCUGGUAUUCAGUGGCACCCCCGCCUCUCUGGCCCGGGCCCCUGGUGAAUUUGGCUGGUGUGUCCAGAACGAGUCCUGCCUUCCAGUGUCAGAGCGAAGUGCGUGCCGUGUGGACCAGAUCUCAGGAGCGUACGGCUGGUGGGGGGAGCGUACCCUUUUCCUAACCUCCCUCCACUCCUGUCGCACCGAGAACUAUGUCCCGGGACUGCACCUGCUCACCUUCCAGCACCCCCGCAACGACUCCCAGCCUGACAAGGUGUCCAUCCUCCGCAGCACCACCAUCAUCCUUAGCCCCACCACAGAAAUGGACGUAGCUCUACAGUUCAGGGGCUUCAUCCACCCAUUAUGGGGGGCCCCUCCACCAGCACCCCCUCCCAUCGAGAGUGUCUCCAUGUGGGCUCGCAUCCAGAGGCUCCACUUUGAGGCUCGGAUGGCUUCAGGGCCCAACUCCAGCCAACUGGAGGUGGUGGGUCGCUGGGCAGCGCAGCAGGAGAAGGAGUUGAAGCUGCUGGCUCGAACAGACGGGAGCCGACUGUUCUCUAACCUGACGAGGGGAAACCAUUACCUCGUUCAGGCGGAGGGAUACCUGAACAACUCGGGCUCGGGACAGACCAGCGAGAUGGCCCUGAUAUGGAACAGAACAUUACCUGGAGGGAGUGAGAUCUCCUUCCUGUUCCUGGAGCCGUACCGCUCGGGGUCCUGCUCAGCGUACAUGUCCUGCCUGGCCUGUCUGUCCGACCAGUCCUGCGGCUGGUGUCCCUCUUUGUCCCGCUGCCUGCUGCGAGACACCCCGGACAUCGAGCCCUGCCCUGAGGGGGAGAAGGGGGAAGGCAGAGGAGAUGGUGAGCGCCAUCUGCUGCUAGCACCGCAGCACUGCACCCUGUGUGAGGAGUACAGAGACUGCUCUGCUUGCACUCAGGAUACUUUUUGUGAGUGGCAGAUCAACUCCAGCAAGAAAGGCGACUACCAGUGCAGCCGACGGGGACGACUAGAUGGAUCCAUACGGGACCCAAGGGUGUGUCCUAAAGUCUGCAACCAGAGGAGGACGUGUGGUGAGUGCCUCUCUAACUCCAGCCAGUGUGCAUGGUGUGAGUCGGCACAGGCCUGCUUCUACUUUGCUGCCUACCUCACAAAAUACCCGUAUGGAGAGUGCAGGGACUGGUACGACAGUGUUCAUUCGGUUCCCCAGUGUAAGCAAUGUUCAGCUUUAAACACGUGCACAGACUGCCUGAGAACCUUCCAGUGUGGCUGGUGUGGCGACCACAACAAUCCCACAAUUGGAAAAUGUUUGAAGGGAGACUGGGGGGGAAUGGACGACCCCUCAGUUUAUAACUGCAGUGUGGCUGUGGCUGAAGCACGAGCUGCAAAUCCUGACCCUACGACCUCUGCGCCACCGCGACCUCUGGAAAUGGAGAUGGAGCUGGAGCUGUUGGAAAACGAAGAGCAAGAUGCCAUCUGGUCGUACCCCACCUGCCCAGAUGUGGAGGAAUGCAGGCUGGGUCUCCACAACUGUCACUCCUUCGCCACCUGCAUCAACACGCCCACCUCCUACGAGUGCCACUGUGAGCGAGGAUACACCGGGGACGGCACGCUGCACUGCAACCAGACGUGCUACAACGAGUGCCGUGAGGGUCAGUGCAGCGGCAGCCCGCGGUUUGAGUGUGAAUGCUCCCUCGGCUGGACGUCUGACCCCGCCACGCUGGUCCUCAGUGGGGUCGAAUGUGACGUAGACUGUGGCUGCAACUUCCACUCCACCUGCAUCACUGCACCGGGGAUCUGUGACGAAUGCCAGGAUUGGACGACCGGCCCCCACUGUGAGGACUGUCGCCCGGGCAGCUUUGGAUCGGCGCUGUCUGGAGGCGAGGGCUGUGUGCAGUGUGAGUGUAACGGCCACGGUCACCCUGUGCGAGGAUACUGUCACAACCAGACCGGCCAGUGCUACUGUACCCACAACACACAGGGGCCGCACUGUGAGUCCUGCCUGCCCGGAUACUACGGAGACCCCAGGAACAAUGGCACCUGCUACCGUCAGUGCCAGGGCCGCUCGGUGCUGCUCUCCUCCACCUCCUCCUCCGCCAUGCCUCUCUCCUCCUCUCUGGGAUGGCGUAGUGGCACAGAGGGCAAAGGAGGACUUUCUCACUGCCUGUGGGUCCUGUCUGUGACGGAGAACCUGGCUCCAUGUCUACCCAGACAGCUGUGCCCCCCUGUGGCCCUCACACUACACCCUGACUCCCACACGCAUUGUAAAAGCUCCUUUGUCUAUGUGUUUGACGGCCUCCCUCGUUUCCUGCCCAAUGGAGUCGUACAUUCAGAUCACAACCUGAUUGGUGCAUUUUGUGGCACCACCAGGACUGAGCCUAUCACAGUGGAGGCCACCUCAGGCGUGAUCUCUGUCUACUUUGAGGCCAACGUCUCCUCGAACAAACCUCAAGGCUUCAACGCGUCUUUCUGGGUGCGGCGCUGUCAGCAGAGCUCUGAUGACGGAGAAGAGGGGUCUCCUGUGUGUCCGGGGGGGGCCGUGUGCCAGGAGGGGCUCUGCCAGUGCCCGCAGGGAUUCGGAGGACCCCACUGCGACCGGCCCAUGUGCCCUCAGGACUGUGGAGUAGCAGAAGGACGAGGAGCGUGUAAUAUAUCUCUGGGAGUGUGUGUGUGCUCAGAGAACUGGGCUGGAUCCGACUGCUCUGUCCCCCGCGACUCCAACAGCCUGCUGUGGGAAACACUGCUGGACACACAACUAACAGUGAACCAGGCCCACAGGUUCCUGCACAGGAUGGGUCACUCUCUGGUGUCCGGGCCGCAGGGAAACCUCUGGAUGUACGGAGGACUCUCUCUGACACAGGGCAUUCUGGGUAAUGUCUACAGAUAUUCUGUGUCGGAGCACCGUUGGACCCAAAUGCUGACGAGCUCAUUGGAGGAAGGCUCGACUCCCGGUCCUCGCUACCACCACGCCGCUGCCAUGCUGACCAAUCACGAGUCCGGCUCUGGAAACCACGCAGCCAGUCACGACUGCAUGUUGGUGGUGGGCGGAGUCACUAACAACGGUGUUGCCAUGGAUACCUGGACUCUGAAUCUCAGCAGUUUGGUCUGGAGAGAACACAAGAGCACGCUGCUGCCCCCGUUGGCCGGCCACACUUUAACGGUGCGCAGACACUCCUCCGUGCUGUUGAUUGGAGGAUACUCUCCAGACAACGGCUUCAACCACCACCUGCUGGAGUUCAGCCCUCGGACCGGAAACUGGACCAUCAUCUCCCACGUUGGCACACCGCCUACAGGUUUAUACGGUCACUCUGCAGUCUACCACAAGCAGACCGAUGCCAUCUACGUGUUUGGAGGCUACCGCUUCCACGUAGAGACGGUGGAGCCCUCAGGAGAGCUCUACAGUCUGUACUACCCCAGCCUCACCUGGUCCCUGCUGGUGCCCUCACAGGGGGUCAAGCCCCUGUCCCGCUUCUUCCACACUGCAGCCAUGAUCAAAGACACCAUGGUGAUUGUCGGGGGCCGGACCGAAGCAGAGGACUACAGUAACUCAGUGUCUCUGUACCAGAUCAACUGUAACACCUGGAUUCAACCAGUCUCAGUUAUAGGAGAUCCAGUGAAUCGUUCAGUGUCUCUUGCCAUGACGAGCUGGGGCGGACGUCUCUUCCUGUCCGGAGGCUUUAAUGGCGUCACGCUGGGCCGACUCCUGACCCUGACCAUGCCCUCUGAUCCCUGUGCCCUGCUGCCCACCCCAGAGGCCUGCAACACCACCACCGGCAGCUGUGUCUGGUGUCGGGCAGCCUGUGCAUCUUCUGAUACAGCUGAGAGAAUUGGAUGCUUGACUGGUCAGUCUCCGUGUUCCCCGACCCCCCGUCAGCCGGACCAGUGUCGCAGACUUAAGACCUGCAGUGAAUGCCUCGCUCGACACCCUAAAAUAUUCACCAAUCCGUUACUGGUAACAUCCUAUGCACCUACAUCGAAACAAUCACUACCUGCUCUACAUUGUAAGUGGUGCACAAACUGUCCAGAGGGCGCCUGUAUCAGCAGCUUUGUCAGCUGCACGUCUGAACACGACUGUCGCAUCAACCAGAGAGAGAUCUUCGUGUCCAGCAACUGCACUGAGACCAGCUGCGAGGCGUCCGACUGCCCCAAGUGCACCUCCUCUGGAAAAUGCAUGUGGACUCGCCAGUUCAAACGCACAGGUGAGACGAGGCGCAUCCUGAGUGUGAACCCCACCUACGACUGGACGUGUUUCAGCUACGCUCUGCUCAACGUCUCCCCCAUGCAGGUGGAGUCCUCCCCCCCCAUGCCCUGCCCUCCCCCCUGCCACACUCUCACUAACUGCAGCCUGUGUCUGGGCUCCAGAGGCUCUGAUGGGGGGUGGCAGCACUGUGUGUGGAGCAUGGCUCUGCAGCAGUGCAUGAGCCCUUCCUACACGCCCCUGCGAUGUGAGGCGGGUCAGUGCGGUCGCCUGCUCUCCGGGGGGGACUCCUGCUCGCCCCAGUGCUCCCAGCUCACCCAGUGCUCCCAGUGCAUUGCCAGGCCUCAGUGCGGCUGGUGUGCUGGUCGGGGGGGCAAUGGGGCUGGAGGCUGCCUACAAGGAGGACUUGAUGGUGUGAGUGAGGGUGUUUGCCCCCUGAGGAACAGCAGCUGGUCCUUCCUCCACUGUCCAGAGGAGGAUGAAUGUGCCAAUGGCCAUCACGACUGUAACAGCACCCAGGACUGCCACGACCAACCGCAGGGCUACCACUGCACCUGCAAACAGGGCUACAUCCUCAGCAGUGUUUCUGGUCAGUGUGAGCCGGUGUGUGCACAGGGCUGUGUGAACGGGACGUGUAUUUCCCCAGGAAUUUGCCAGUGUCACUUCGGGUUUGUGGGAGAUAACUGCUCCUCUCAGUGCAGUUGCAACAAACACAGCAACUGCGCCGGAGUCAGCAAACCGGAUGUUUGCCUCGAGUGCCACAAUAACACCAUAGGUAAGCACUGUGAGAAGUGUAAGCCUCUGUUUGUGGGCUCUGCCAAGGGGGGCGGCACUUGUCGUCCGUGUCGGGAGUUUUGCAGGGGAAACAGUGAUGUGUGUUUAACCGGAGACGAACAUAAGAAGGCCCUUGAGAACCCACGGCUUUUCCCUCUUGACACCAGCAGCAUUCAGAGCGAGGUGUCGGAGGGUCCCACAGAGGAGAAUGCUGUGUGUGUGAAUUGCCAGAACAACAGCGUGGGGGACAAGUGUGAGAGCUGCCUCAGUGGUUUCUUCCUGCUUCAGGGGAAGUGUGAAAAGUGUCAGUGUAACGGCCAUGCAGACACGUGUAAUGAACACGAUGGUACAGGAUGCCCCUGCCAAAACAACACCGAGACCCCCUCCUGCCUCAACAACGCUCAGAGUGACCGCAAAGACUGCUACAAGCAACAGUGUGCCAAGUGCAAAGACUCCUUCAACGGCACCCCGGUGAACGGGCGUCAGUGCUACCGUCAGUUCAACGUGGACACAGAGUGCUGCUUCGACCCCACGUCCCAGACCAACUGCUUCCAUGACCCCACCAUCCGCAACCUGCCCAGAGGCCGGACCGUCUUUUUCUCUGCGCAGCCAAAGUUCACCAAUGUGGACAUCCGGGUUACCAUCGAUGUUACCUUUGGGGAGGUGGAGGUGUACGUGUCCAACUCUCCUGACAUCUUCAUCGUGGACGUAGACAGAUCCACAGGGAUUCACACCAUCAACAUCGAGGAGGAUCCAGCGACUCGAGGCACAGCGACUGGCGUAGAUAAGGAUUCACCUCCGUCCCCUAUAAAGGUGUUUGCCAAUGCCUCGUCCAGUCUCUUGGGUCCCUUGCUCUCCCACAAUCCACUUCAGUUGCAAGCAAAAACCCCAGGGGCGGAGAAAGAGAUGACAGAGGAGCGCGCUGAAGGACUCAUCAGCUACAUCACGGUGUGGAAACCUCAGACGGUGCUGAUAGUCCGUGGUGUUCGAGAUCGUGUGGUCAUCACCUUCCCUCACGAGGUGCACUCCCUGAAGUCCAGCCGCUUCUACAUCGCUCUGAGAGGGCUGGGAACUGACCAGAGGCAGGGGGAGUCGCAGGGUCUGCUGUUUCUGCGACAGGACCAAGCCCACAUAGACCUGUUUGUCUUCUUCUCUGUUUUCUUCUCCUGCUUCUUCCUCUUCCUGUCCGUCUGCGUCCUCCUCUGGAAGGUGAAGCAGUUCCUGGACUUCCGGCGGGAGCAGCGCCGACACAUCCAGGAGAUGACCAAGAUGGCGUCGAGGCCCUUCGCUAAACUCACCAUUUACCUGGAGCCGGAGGAGCCUCAGCUCAUCUACCUGCCGUCAGCGGGCGGGGGGGGCAGCACUGUGUCGCUCGCUCACGCCCGCACAAGCAAGCUAGGAGGUGUGGUGGUGGGUCAGAGGGGCCGGGCGGGGGGUGUCUCCUACAAACACGACCCGGGCUCUGGACCCACGGCGCACCACCACCAUCACCUCACCCUGGGUGGAGGGGGCAACGGCGGGCAGCACCUUCCGCUUCACUACCUGAACACCCACCACUAUGCCAGCACCACGUCUGGCACCCCCGCCUCACAACAUCAUCACCCAUCCACGUACAGCGGCUACCAGAACUUUUGCCGCUCCGACCCCUUCCUCUCUCAGCUCAUGGGCUUUUCUUACUCCACCUUUAAGGUCGGGCCCAUCACUCUGGAGCCCACGGACGACGGCAUGGCCGGGGUGGCCACCGUCCUCUUCCAGCUGCCCGGGGGGGUCCUGGCUCCCAAUCGGGCCUGCCUGGGCUCUGCACUGGUUACUCUGCGUCAGAACCUGCAAGAAUACUGUGGCCAUGGCAACGGGGGGGGUCACCCGGGGGGAGGGGGGCGCAAAGGUCUGCUCGGGCAUCAACACCUCACCACUAUGGCUAUGUAGGGAAGCAACAAUAUAAGAUAAGGUGUAAAAGAGAGGGGAUGAAUUUGUUUGAAAGCUGUAAGGCAAAAGUCCAAGAGUUAUGUCGCUUCACGUGAGCAUUUUGAACAGAGUUGUACAUACACUGUAACAUGAAUUAUUAAGUGUCUUUUAUUUGUAUUAUGUAUUGCAGUGCUUCACAUGACCAUGUCUCUGCAGUGCACUACAACUGCUUCAUGCUUCAACAACACAUCCUGUCUAUGAGGUGUGAGCACACUCAGUCUCAUACACAGACUGAAGCCGGACUGAGGACAAAACUCUUCUCACUGACAAAGAGAGGUGUUAAAAAUACUCUCUUUGGAACCAACAUGUGCUUUAUACCCCAGAAAGUGACAAUCAAAAUUGCCGUUGAGAACAAAAGACUUUGGUUAGGCGUAAUGUGCAAGAUUGUGAUUGUCAGCUCCGUGCAGGUAAACAAGUCAAAGUCGCUUGUGAGAUGUUUUUUAUAUCACAGUCGAUAUGAGUGAUUUAUAACUGUAGCUCAGUAUAUGGCAGGCUUCGAGGCUACGUGUUUAUGUUACACAUUAAUUUGUGUUUCUUCUCAUCUGCCUUCACUUAUUGCCUUGUCUGCGAGUCGAACGGCUUACACUUAAUAACACAUUUUGUUUCAUGACUUGAACAAAUAAUGAAGGAUGAUGUUUUCCUAUUAGUAUAAUAGUAAGAUAAUUUAGAAACACAACAUAAUUCGUCCAUGAAAAGAAGAAAGUAUGUGUCCUUUGGAAACGUUUGGUUACAUUAUGAAAUGUAUGUUGGUGUUUGGCUCGUUUUGCUGGACUGCUUUUUUCAGGCACCUUGUCUGCUUAAAUGAUUGUAAUAACCAAUCAAUUUGAUUUAAAAAAAGAAAAGAAAUUGGAUGUAUAAAAAUGAAAAGGUAUGGAACAUUUUACUUUAUCGAAAUGAACGCAACGGAAAGAAUUCUCCUGGUGAGAGAUUUUGAGAAGACGUGAAAGCUUUUUUAUUUGUGAUGAGACUGAAUUACUUGUACUGUCAAGGUUAGUUUUGUUUUUUGUGUUUCCUCUCUGGUUUCCUUUUUGCACUGCAUGGAGGCAAUGAGCCCCAUUAUUCACGAGAAACACUAAGAGAUGUCGUCCAGCCUCAGAUGGCACACGAGUCAUGAAUGAACUCAGAAUGAUGCUACUGGCUUGUUAUCGACUGAACUAAAUCAUGAACUGUAUACUCACAGCAAAAGCUUCAAAUACAUACUGUCCCUAUUUAUAACAGCCCUCCACGAUUAAGCAUUAAUACUGUUUUUUUUCUUUGUUCUUUUUUUAACAUAUUUUGUACAUACAUUUUGUUGUGUUUGUUUUUUUGUUUUCAAAAAAGGGAACAGUGCUGUACAGAAUAUUGCGUCAAGAUUCUCUGUCCUGAGUCGGCUUAAAUAAAGUCUGUGAAACAUGA